AUGGGAGGUUUUUUCACUCAGUUGUUUCCAGGCAAACCGGCAUUUACAGAGACAGACGUCCCUUCUCUUGCGGGCAAAGUUUUCAUCGUCACCGGCGGUAAUUCUGGCGUCGGCCUUGAGCUUGUCAAGAUAUUGUACUCCAAAGGUGGCAUGAUAUAUAUAGCUGGACGCUCGCCAAGCAGGAUCGCCACCGAAAUCGAGGCAAUCAGAGCUACUCCUACCGCGACACCUGGAACGCUCAAGAGCCUUCAUCUUGACCUCAAUGACCUCGCCACCGUUCCCAGCUGUGUUGCUGCCUUUCUCGCUCAAGAGUCUCGUCUCGACGUUCUCUGGAACAAUGCCGCCAUCAGCCAAGCAUCGUUCGUUACGACCGCGCAGGGCUUCGAGGCUCACAUGGGAACCAACUGCGUUGCGCCUUUCCUCCUGACGAAGCUCCUGCUGCCUGUUAUGCUCAAAACCGCACAGGCUGCGUCGAAGGGCAGCGUGCGUGUCGUCUUUGCCUCAUCGGGGAUCAUAGAAAUGACUGGCCCUCCAGGCGGCGUAUCGCUCGACGAGCUGGCCCCCGGCAACUAUGCCAAAGACAAGAACCACAACUACAGCGCCUCGAAAGCAGGGAACUGGUUCCUGGCGUCCGAAUUUGACAAGCGGCUCCGAAAAGAUGGCAUCGUCUGCGUGGCGCAGAGUCCGGGCACCCUGCGCACCAAAGCCUGGGACAAUGCCCCUUGGGUGAUGAGAGCCAUGAUGGCGCCGUUCAUGCACGAGCCCAAAAUGGGUGCCUACACGGAGCUUUGGGCCGGACUCAGUCCCGCGGUGAAGCUGGAAGACGGUGGCAAGCUUGCCCUACCGUGGGGCAGAUGGCAUGAGGGCCCGAAGAAGCAUCUCCUCGAGAGCCUGAAGACAGAGAAGGAAGGCGGCACGGGAGUGGCGGGGAAGUUCUUCGACUGGUGUGAAGAACAGACGAGGUCAUACUCUUAA